AUGUCGAAUCGAAACCCUAAAUCCCCUUACGAUUCGCUCAUGACUCAGGACCAACUCAUUGACUCGCUCACCUCCCACAUCUCUCUCUACCAUUCUCACUCCAAUACCUCAGACCUCAAACCAAACCCUAACCCUAGGUCUGCAAUUCUCAAAUGGUUCUCAUCUCUAACCGUCCACCAGCGCCAAGCUCACCUCACCGCAGUGGAUUCGAAGUUCGUACGGAUCCUCAUCCAAAUGCUCGGCAAGCUUCGCACCAAUAGCCAUGGCUUCUUCAUCAUCCUCCCUGACCUCCCCUCAGGUGACCUCCCCACCCUCUGUUUUAAAAGGUCGAGUGGGCUUCUGUCUCGGGUUUCCGAGUCGAACGAGCUGGAGAGGAGGAUAUUCGAGUCGACUCGGUUGUUUGCGUCGAGAGAAGGAGAGAAGAUUGAGGAAUGCUCGUGUUCAGUGAAGGAUCUCGAUACAGUGUCGGUGAGCGAGGGUUUGGUUGAGAAUGUGGAUAGGUUUGUGGCGGUGAUGGAUGAAAUAUCAAAUGGGGGCUUCUUGAGAGGUGAAGAGAGUGACUUGGGAUUGGAUUGGGUCGAAUUCAAGUGGUUGAAGGACAAAGGGUAUUACAGUAUGGAAGCAUUUGUGGCAAACCGGCUGGAGGUGGCUUUGAGGCUGGCGUGGCUGGGUUGUAGUAAUGGGAAGAAAAAAGGGGUGAAGCUGAAAGAAAAGAUGAGUGCUGCAGGCUUGGCGGCCAAUGUGUAUUGGCGGAAGAAAGGGUGUGUGGACUCGUGGGGAAAUUUGGAUUCAGCAACAAGGAGGAAUGUAUUGACUUCGGUGUUGGGAAAAUCAGCGAAACCUUUGAUUCUUGAGAUUCUGAAGGGGACAAGUAGUGAGGUGGGGGAUGAAAUGUGGCUCUUCAAUACAGGAGUAGAACAGCCAUUGAGGUACAACCAUAAUGUAUCUACGCGAAAGACUGUUCCAAAACUUGUGGCUGACACUGAAUUUGGGUCAAGCAUUAUCCCUGCUUCUCUUUCUGGGGAAUCUGCUUCCUUAGUCAGUGCCUUUAAUAAUCUCGUUUUGCUUCAGGAUAUAGUAAUGAUGAUAUCCUUAUGUCGCCAUAGUGAAUAUGAUAAAGGGAAACUCUUCUAUAGCACGUUGAGUUCAAUUUCUACCAUUUCUGAUUUUAUACUAAGAAAAGUACGUGGAUUUCUUAUGGUUAUUUUGCUUGACUGCACAAAACUGGAACUUUUAGCAGAGGGUGACAAAUCCUUACCUAAGAAAUCAAAGGCAAAGCCUAGUGCUUGUAGCCGAAAAAGUAAGGGGAGGACCCGCAAUAUGAAAAGGCCAAAUUCUGGUCCUAGGCCGUGCACAGAUGAUUUUUUGUGUGAAAAGUCUCUCAAGGAUCUUAAUUGUACAUUGGCUCAUAAAGAGAAGGCGGAUUCGGUGGAGUCCAAGAAGAUGCAUGGAAUACAUCAGGAGACCAAGACUUUCAAAGAGGCAUCAUCAUCGAAAGAUGAAAUGGAUCAUGCACAAGCACUGUUUGUUGCAAAAGCUCAUACUGCUGCAAGGAAGGGUAGGAAAGAUAAAGGAAAAAACAAAACAACUGGUUGUAAGAAUGCCGUUGAUGUGAGAAAAUUUGAAAGAUCAGUCAUGGAAGCUUCUUCUUCCUCUGUCAUUCCUGAAGAUUACACUGCAAAGUGCGAUCCCAUUUCUGGUGAUUCAGCCUUCCAGAACAUCGCAGAUUGUUCAGCUAGUUGUAACAUCCUUGUGACAAAUUCGAUUCUUCCUUAUUCUGCAAAUGGGCCGACUAAGGAUGAGGAUGCCACCCAAAGCAUUCAAGAGAAUUAUAUUAUUGGUUCUAGUGCAAGUUUCUGUUGUAGGGUUUCAGAAGAUUACCAGUCAUCAGACAAUAUUACUGAAAUUCAAAUUAAAUCUACCGGAUCAGAAACUGGAAAUUGUGAAAUAGUUGGAAAUGUAAUACCUUCUGUGCCUGUGGUGGAUGAUAAUGCUUUUAGCCAUAAGGAUAUUGACUUUCAGAACACACAUGUUGGUAAAUCUGCUGUAGAAGACGUCUCGCCAGACAAAGCAAUAAGAGCUGCUGAUAUAAAAAAGGAAGCUAUUCUGUUUCAGGACCGAGAGCAUGGAAAUCCUAUAUGUGAUACUGGAGCUUCAAGUUCUUUUGAAUGCCUUCCAUAUGAGUGGCCUGGUGUAGCUUGUGCCUAUUUUCCACCUGUCAACUCACAUCUCCCACCUGCCACUGACCGAUUGCAUCUGGAUGUUGGUCAUAACUGGCAGAAUCACUUUCGCCAGUCUUUUCUACCCUCGAUACAUCAGGCGAGAAGUUCUCCAAUUCAAGGUGGGUGUAAUCCAGUUCUGACUCGACCAUUGCCAAUGAGUUUAGAUUGGCCUCCAAUGGUUCGAAGUGCUCGCGGAUUGGCUCUGUCCCGGACCUGUAAUUAUGAUUCUGGAUUCUUCUCAAAGAAGCAGUGUAGUUUUCCGCAGGGUUUUUCCACCCACAGUGUCCAGAUUAAUACAACAAUGGACAGCGAAAGGAGGUAUUCUUGGGAUUGCACAGACCUGCCUGAUCCAAUAAGGGCACUUGAACUAGCAGAUGAAUAUGACAGCCACUGGAUAUCAGAGGAUGAAGUUGAGGUGCAAGCAUUUUCUGGGGUAGACUAUAAUCAAUACUUCGGUGGUGGUGUGAUGUACUGGAAUCCUUCUGACCAUCCAGGGACCGUUUUCUCUCGCCCUCCUUCCCUUAGUUCUGAUGAUAGCUCAUGGGCUUGGCGUGAAGCUGACAUGAAUAGGGCUGUCGAUGAUAUGGUUGCAUUUUCGUCUUCAUAUAGUACAAAUGGAAACCAAGCUCUUGGCUAUGUUAUGCCGGGGAAUGAAGUACCAGGCAAGGUGCUACAUUCCUCAUCAACAAUGACAGACACAGCAGCAGAUGAGGAAUCGUCUGGAUCUUUGGCUGAUGUAAGUGGUGAUGUUGAAGGGAAGACAGGAGAUUCACUUCCUUAUCCCAUUUUGCGGCCAAUCAUCAUUCCAAACAUAUCAAGAGAAAGGUCAAGAGAGUUUAAGCGUAGUUAUGAUCGUAAAAGCCCAUGUGUUCCUCCUGCUAGGCGAGAGCAACCUCGGAUAAAGCGGCCACCAUCACCCGUGGUGCUUUCUGUUCCACGGGCCCCCCGACCACCUCCACCCUCUCCUGUGAGUGAUGCCAGGAAACACAGGGGCUUUCCAACUGUUCGAUCUGGUAGCUCCAGCCCAAGGCACUGGGGUAUGAGAGGAUGGUUCCAUGAUGGAGCUAACUUGGAGGAAGCUUGUUUGCGCAUGGAUGGUGCUGAAGUUGUUUGGCCAUUAAGAAGUAAUAAUAUUUCUGGCCGUCCAUUGAUUCAGCCUCUUCCUGCACCUUUGUUGCAGGAUCGACUGAUUGCUAUUUCUCAACUAGCACGUGAUCAGGAACAUCCAGAUGUUGCAUUGCCCCUACAACCGCCUGAGUUGCAUAACUGUCCUAUGAGGAAGGCGUCUCUUUCUUUGAUGCACACCCUUGUCCACGAUGAUAUUGAUUUUUUCUGCAAGCAGGUUGCUGCAGAGAAUAUGGCUAGGAAGUCCUACAUCAAUUGGGCUGUCAAGCGGGUUACAAGGUCUCUCCAGGUGCUUUGGCCCAGGUCCAGGACAAACAUAUUUGGUUCAACUGCAACUGGUUUGUCACUUCCAACAAGUGAUGUGGACCUUGUGGUUUGUCUGCCUCCUGUGAGGAACCUGGAACCCAUUAAAGAAGCUGGGAUAUUGGAGGGCCGUAAUGGUAUUAAAGAAACAUGCCUUCAGCAUGCCGCCAGGUAUCUCGUCAAUCAGGACUGGGUAAAAAAUGAUUCGCUCAAGACUGUGGAAAAUACAGCUAUACCUAUAAUAAUGCUUGUGGUGGAAGUUCCCCGUGAUCUCAUUGCCUCUUCUGCCUCCAAUGUCCAAUCCCCAAAAGAAGAGCCACCUCACAUGUCGGGUGAGCAAGGCAGUCAUGUGAACUCUAGUGUGGUUGCUUUAGAAGAAUCUGCACUGCCUAAAUGUUCACAGAUAAAUUAUGAUGCUACAAAUGAUUCAGUAUCAGUUCGUAUUGACAUCAGUUUCAAAUCUCCAUCUCAUACAGGACUCCAGACUACAGAGCUGGUUAAGGAUCUAACAGAGCAGUUUCCAGCUGCUGCACCUCUUGCUUUGGUACUGAAACAGUUCUUGGCAGAUCGUAGCCUGGAUCAGUCUUACUCUGGUGGCUUGAGUUCCUAUUGUUUGGUAUUACUAAUUAUACGUUUUCUCCAGCACGAGUAUCAUCUUAGCCGACCUAUCAACCAAAACUUUGGAAACCUUCUGAUGAAUUUUCUUUAUUUUUUUGGGAAUGUGUUUGAUCCUCGCCAAAUGCGUAUAUCAGUACAAGGAAGUGGUGUUUAUAUUAAGAGGGAAAGAGGUUGCAGCAUUGACCCAAUACACAUUGAUGAUCCUCUUUUCCCAACUAAUAAUGUGGGGCGCAAUUGCUUCCGGAUACAUCAGUGUAUCAAGGGGAAAUCUAAAUCAUUGAUCAAGCUAAGGUGUUCUUUUGGUGCGAACCGGAGGUUGCAAUAUGUUAAUUAUGUAUGGGUAACCACAUUGCCUUCCACACUUUUGAUGCAGAUACGAACUCUCCUUGUUACGGUUCUGCUACAGGGUUUGUCCAGAAAAAAGCAAGGUUCAGCGAACCGCCAAAUCACUAUGAAUUUUUGUAUGCCUCCUAUGCAGUUGUUUAUCGGCUGUACUCUUGUGAUUAAGGUAUUCUUUAACCAAAAUUUUCCUGAGAUAUAUUUAUACCCCGGAGUGGUGAGGAUGGCCAAUAAGGCUGAUCUUGUGGAGGGGACCAGGAACAACCUGAAAACGGGCUCAUAUCCGAUUCUCCAGGUCAGCCCUCAGGCUCGAUUCUGCAGGUCACUGCACUGA